CUUCCUGCUCAGCCCAGACCCUCCCAAGUCGGCAGGUGCCGCAGCAGCCAGGCGUGUGCCUGCCAGAAGCCUCAGUGGGAGCUCAGCGGCCUGUCAGGACAGCACUGUCUGCUGGCCUUUCCAGCCAUACCAUGGCUUCUUGCCCUGAGCUGGACAAUGCCCAGCGCGAAUGUACGGAGGGGGCUGCUAGUGGGCCGCGCACCCAGCCCGGGGAAGACGAGGACACCCUCAGAAAUGACCCUGGUCCCCUGUUAACCGAGAUAGAGCUUCUGCCGUCCUACACCACCGUGGCUCUGAUGGAGGUGCCUGCAGAGAAGGAAGACCCCUGGGAUCUGCCUGCCCUUCAGGACAAGGGCAUCAAGUGGUCAGACAGAGACACCAAAGGGAAGAUUCUCUGUGUCUUCCGAGGAAUCGGGACAUUCAUUUUGCUUCUGGGAUUUCUUUACUUGUUCAUGUGUUCAUUGGAUGUGCUCAGCAGUGCCUUCAAGCUGGUUGGAGCUAAACUUGCUAGCCAUUUCUUCAGCAACAACUCUAUUAUGUCCACGCCUAUGGGGGGUCUGGUGAUUGGGAUGUUGGUGACCGUCCUGGUUCAGAGCUCCAACACGGCUUCCUCCAUCAUCGUCAGCAUGGUGGCCUCCUCACUGCUGACCGUGAGGACCGCCAUCCCCGUUGUCAUGGGGGCCAACAUCGGGACGUCCAUCACCAACACCAUCGUGGCGCUCAUGCAGGCGGGAGACCGCAACGAGUUCCGAAGGGCUUUUGCAGGUGCCACCGUUGAUGACUUCUUCAACUUCCUCACUGUGUUUGUGCUCUUGCCUCUGGAGGCUGCCACCCAUUACCUGGAGACCCUGUCUAACCUUGUCGUAGACACCUUCCACUUCAAGAAUGGAGAGGAUGCCCCGGCACUCCUGAAAGUUGUCACAGUUCCCUUGACAAAGCUCAUUAUCCAGUUGGAUGUAAAUGUUAUCAACCAAAUUGCGAUGAAUGAUGAAUCCAUCAAAGACAAAAGUCUGGUCAAGAUUUGGUGUGAAACUUUUACCAAUAAGACUCAGGUGAAUGUCACCGUCCCCUCACCUGAGAACUGCACCUCCCCACCCCUUUGUUGGACGGAUGGUGUCUCCACCUGGACCAUCAAAAACGUAACCUACCAGGAGAACAUCGCCAAGUGCCAGCACAUCUUUGUGAAUUUCAACCUCCCGGAUUAUGCUGUUGGCAUUAUUCUGCUGAUUGCCUCCCUGCUGGUCCUCUGUGGCUGCCUGAUCAUGUUCGUCAAUAUCCUGGGCUCCAUGCUCAGGGGGCAGGUAGCUGCUGUCAUUAAGAAGACCAUCAACACUGAUUUUCCCUUCCCCUUCACCUGGGUGACCGGCUACCUGGCCAUCCUUGUGGGAGCAGGCAUGACCUUCCUUGUGCAGAGCAGCUCCGUGUUCACAACUGCCAUGACCCCACUGUAUGGUAUUGGCGUGAUAUCCAUUGAGAGGGCAUAUCCACUUACUCUGGGCUCCAUCAUUGGUUCCACCACCACCUCCAUCCUGGCCGCCCUAGCCAGCCCUGGCAACACUUUGAGGAGCUCACUCCAGAUUGCGCUGUGCCACUUAUUCAUUAUCAUCUCCGGUGUCUUGCUGUGGUACCCCAUCCCGUUCACCCGCCUGCCCAUCCGCCUGGCCAAGGCACUGGGCAGCAUCUCAGCUAAGUACCGCUGGUUUGCUGUCUUCUACCUGAUCUUCUUCUUCUUCCUGGUCCCACUGGCACUGUUUGGCUUCCUGAUGGCUGACUGGCCAGUACAAGUGGGUCUGGGGGUGCUGUUCACCCUGGUGCUCCUUUCGGUGGUGAUCAUCAAUCUCCUGCAGUCCCGCUGCCCGAGCAUCCUGCCCAGGAAGCUGCAGGACUGGGACUUCCUGCCCCUGUGGAUGCGCUCGCUCAAACCCUGGGACAACCUGGUCUCCUUGGCCACCAGGUGCUGCCAGACGCACUGCUGCUGCUGCUGCCCCAAGUGCAGCAAGUGCUCGGAGGACCUGGAGGAGGGACAAGACAUCCCAGUGCAGACCCCUGCACUCUCUGAGAACUUGGCCAUGGGCACAGAGGCCAACGUUAGGAUUCCCAUGGCCCAAGUGGAUGCUCUGGGCAGAAAUACCGUCUCUAGCAGCACAGCCUUGUAGGGGUGGCUAAAGGCAGGUGCAGGAGCCCCUCGCCACAUAAGCCCAUGCUGCUCCAGGUCCUGCAUGGACAUUGAAGGGAUUUGUUCCUCACUGAGAAAUGUAUCCACAGUCUCUGCUUCUGGGUCUCCCACUCGCAGGCAGGUAGAGGGUGACCCUGGGAAUGAAAUGGGCUAGACAGUUGACCGCAGCCACCCACCCCUGCCCACAGCUGGACCUACAUUCAGCCUCAAGCCAUUCUUUUCUGCAGAAAAUACCCCACGAGAAAAUACUCCUUUUUCCUA